AAGACAAUCAAUGGACCGGUCGCAGCGAAGACGCUACGCAACCGGAUCUUCUCCAGAUCCGGAUCUACAUCCGCCGGGCCGAGUAGAUGGGCCACGCCGGGUCACGAAGAACGGCCCAAAGGCUACUUCAUGAACCGCACUCCUCCGCCACCGGGACAGUCGCGCAAAUGGGAGGAUUGGGAGCUUCCUUGCUACAUCACGAGCUUCCUCACGAUCGUCAUCCUAGGCGUCGGGCUCAAUGCUAAACCUGAUCUUUCAAUCGAGACUUGGGCUCAUCAGAAGGCCCUUGAACGCCUUGAGUUGGAGAGGCUCGGAGAUUCGUCCGAUUGAGAGGUUCACUGUUGCCGCGAUCACGAAGACUUGGAGAGUUGUUGUUUCGUUUUCGCUUCGGUUCAGUAUCUUUGUGGAUGAUGAUGAAAUAAGUAUUCUUUAACUGUUUAGACACAUUACAUUUCUCAAAGUUGAUUUACUCGUUUCGAUUAACAUCUGCAAUUUGAUUGGUAUGUUUCAAAUGGUUCGAUUUGACUAUUGAUUGUCACUUGUUUGUUCUA